AUGAUUAUUCCAUUACAAAAAAAUGUAAGGCAACUGUUGUUUGACUGCUUUCAGAUUCAAGAUCUAAUUAUGGGAACUUUACAGGAGGUUCAGACAUUGCAUGGCCAUACAGACAGAGUCUGGUGUGUGUCAUGGAGCCCCAGUGGGGCACUUCUGGCUUCCUGCAGUGGGGACAAGACCAUUCGUAUCUGGAGCAAAGAAGGGGACGAAUGGAUUUGCAAGUCUGUACUGACAGAUGGUCACACCAGAACUGUGCGCUCUGUGUCAUGGUCACCGUGUGGUCAGUACCUGGCUGCAGCUAGUUUUGAUGCCACCACUAGUGUCUGGAGCCGUAAAUCUGGGGAGUUUGAAUGUUUGGCCACACUUGAAGGUCAUGAAAAUGAGGUCAAGUGUGCAGCAUGGUCUUGUACUGGGAGUCUUCUUGCAACCUGCAGCAGGGAUAAGAGUGUGUGGAUUUGGGAAGUUAGUGCAGAUGAAGAGUUUGAGUGUGCUAGCGUGCUGUCAACACACAGCCAGGAUGUCAAGCAUGUCCGGUGGCAUCCCAGCAAAGAAAUCCUGGCAUCUUGUGGCUACGAUGACACCAUUCGUUUGUUCCGAGAAGCUUCUGAUGAUUGGGAAUGUUGUAAUACGCUGAAAGGUCAUCAGUCAACAGUCUGGUCUAUCGAUUUUGAUAAAACUGGGUCACGCUUGGCAUCAUGUAGCGGAGAUAAAACUGUUAAAAUAUGGCAGGAGUAUGAGCCUGGCAAUCCGGAAAGUGUUGCAACUGAAGAUAACAUUUCUGCAUGGAAAAAUGUCUGUACGAUCGGGGGUUAUCAUGAGAGACCUAUCUACGACAUUAGCUGGUGUCAUCUGACAGGCAACAUUGCUACAGCGGGUGGUGAUGAUAGUCUGUGUGUCUUUCAAGAACUGCCAUCUCCAGAUCCAAAAAACCAACCUCAUUUUGAGUUGGCAGCCAGGGCAAGAGCAGCACAUGGCCAGGAUGUGAACAGUAUUGCAUGGAAUCCAAAGCAAGAAGGACUCUUAGCUUCCUGUAGUGAUGACGAAACAGUCAAAUUGUGGGCGUUAUCAAAAGAUUAA